AUGCCUAACUCACCGCCAGCCUAUCUAUUUGUCGUAAGACAUGGAAACCGACUCGACGCUGCCGACAAGAAAUGGCACCUCACCUCGCCGACCCCGUACGACCCGCCCCUGACGUACGGCGGCUUCUUGCAGGCCAGGCAGGUAGGCAACCAGAUUAGCAACUACCUCGAGCAGGCCAAGCUCGACGACGAGGUCUCGCAGAAUGGCGCAGCCCUGUCGGCCACACGCAGGCGCUUCAAGAUUGUUAUUCACAGCUCGCCCUUCCUCCGCUGUGUCCAAACAUCUAUCGGCAUCAGCUCGGGCCUGGCCCAGACGUCCCCCGACUCCAUCUUUGGCCCCGCCGACAUCAUCGUCCCCAAGGCUACCCCCACCUCUCAGCCAUUUCAGUUCAAGUCCAGUCUGCUGCGCCUCGACUCCUUUCUCGGAGAAUGGCUGUCUCCAGAAUACUUUGAGAUGAUCACGCCACCGCCUGGCCCCGCGCUCAUGAUGGGGAGCGCCAAAGCCGAUCUCUUGCGGAGGGAGGAUUAUAGUGCCUACACCGAUCAGGUGCCUCAGGCGCCUCCGGAGAAGCCAGCAUCCAACGGUUCUCUGUGGCAAGCAUCUUCAAGUUCAGGCCCGUCCAGCGGAGCACAGACGCCGAGGUCAGAGUCGAACACUGCGCUCAACGUGUCCGGCUUGGCAUCCGCCCUACCUGCUCGGGAGGGCAAGGGAGAGUAUGUCGCUCCCAGGCCGUUGCACUCCGUGUCUGGUAGCCACAAGAUCCCAGAAGGCCUGGUGGCCCACGCACGAGACUCGUGCGUGACUGUAGACUACCAGUGGGAUUCGAUGAGGGAACCUCUCGACUUUGGCGACGGCGGCAAGUUCGGUGAGGAGUGGACGUCAAUGCAUACGCGCUUUCGUGGCGGGUUGAGGAAGCUCCUUAACUGGUACGCCACCGCAGACACGCCCGCUGACCUGGUUGCACAGCCUUCGAAGGCGAGCGGCGGUGACGGACCCGAGGUUGAGAGAGACGACGAAGAUGUUGAGACGGUCGUCAUCGUCGUGUCCCAUGGCGCUGGCUGCAACGCCUUGAUCGGAGCCAUCACCCACCAGCCUGUACUUAUGGAUGUCGGCAUUGCUUCCAUCACCAUGGCGACGAGGAAACCGAACCUCGACUACAAACAGAUGCUGGCGGCCGCCGGACCAUCAGCAGAACCCUCGGCGAAGCCUCUCGUCCAGGUCGACAAGAUGUACGACAUGCGGCUAUCCGCCAGCACCGAACACUUGAAAUCAUCCAGCGGCUCUACCCCUGUGUCGUCGAGGUCGCAGUCGAAUGCGAACAUCUGGACCGCGCCGACCCCUGGCACGCGAGGCCGGACUUCGACAUUGGGUAGCACCCCUGGCGGCCCGGUCAUGAGCCCAUUCACGUAUUCGGAUCCGUUCUCGUCGACAGGGAGUCGUUCCACAUCGGCCAGCGCUGCGAUGGGAAGCUCCCUGAGGCGCGAGUCGGGUUCGUUCCGACCCACGCCACGCGGGCCGGCUAUUGCCACGACCGGGAUAGCUGGGACUGCCGGGCAAUCACCCCCGCGUAGUCAUUCGCCCGGAACCGGCAAUUCCUUUGGACUCUGGGCGCCGGUGCCAUCCUCGUUGCGCCUGAUGGAUGAUGACGCUGACGAUGCAGACGAUUUUGGCUCCAUGAUGCCCAAUUUUGAUCAAACGCGAUUCGAAUCCGCGGUCGCAGAUGAUAAUUCAGAAACCUCGUCCGUCAAAAUGCCAUCGACAGCUCCGGCGGUAGGCGAUGCGUUUCCCUUGCCAGCAACGUCUUUGCCGGCGGCGAAAAGUCCCUCGCGCGGCCCCGUAUUCGCCGGCCCGAUCAAGCUGAACACGAGCGUCGUCCCGGAGAAACCAGCUGAGGAGAUGAAGAUGUCGCAACUUGGCGGCGGCCUAGGCGGACUUUGGGGACAACCUCCACCGCCGGGUGAGGCGGAAAGGUUUAGGGACCUCAGCCUGAGCAAGCGGCGGUGGACAGUUAAUGAGCGAGCGUGA